GCUAGCUUAAUGCUAACUCUUCACCCCAGUUUUCCGCGUAACUGACGCAGUGGACGCUGCAAGUAUGUCUUCGGCCCUCGUCGGUCGUCUGAUCCGGCUGUCUGCUGUCAGGAAUGGCCCCUCCAGCCCACUGAGCACCUCCGACGUGUCGGGGAGGGCGAACCGGACGGCCGUGACUACGUCCACCGGCGCCAUUCUGCCCAGGCCCAAGCAGACCCGCUUCGGCCUGGUCCGGAUCGCGCUGGUGGUGCUCCCCUUCCUCUAUGUGGGGACGCAGAUCAGCAAGAAUUUCGCUGCGCUGCUGGAGGAACACGACAUCUUCGUACCGGAGGACGACGACGACGAUGACUGAAGGAUCUCGUCAGAUGGUCCUGUUUGAUCACCACCACCAGCAGGUGUCGAUAAACACCUUCCUGGAGGUCCUGCUGCUGCUGCGUUUUGAAAUCACGUCUGCUGUUACUGUUUUCGUGGAUUCUGUCGUCACUGACAGACGGCGCCGUCACCAGCUCUUCGUGACGUGUUGUACUGUAACACAGCUGGUGUGCUUUUGAGUGAGUUGAUAGGAUUCUCGAUGUGACAGUUGUGAAGAUUUUUGGCUUUGUUACUAACAGAAUACACUAAAUGUUUAUGUGAGCAUCUUUGGAGUUAAUAAACAAAUAUUUGUAUGGAA